AUGGCCGGAGGUGACGCCCCAAAAGUAGUCGUCAAGGAAGAGGCUCAAGACGAUAGCGGUGGCAUCCUGAGCUACAUCAUUGUGAUCUGCUGCUUUGCUUUAAUAGGCCUCCUCAUAUUCCUCCUUAUAUACGGAGAGCAUGUCCGUAUGGCAAUACUCAAGUCUGAGAAGCACAAGCACUGCGAAACUCCAGACUGCGAGCGCGUCAAAAAGAUGAUGCACCUUGGGCCGGUGAGUGGAGACCUGCCCUGCCGAGACUUCUAUGCGUACGUGUGCAGCCCCUGGGCUUCGGCGAACAUCAAAGGCGUCAACGUAUCCUGGUUGGGCAGCCAGAAGUACGUGGAUGACAUGCAGGAGGACAUGAAGAAGCGGGGGCCCAACAUCACCUACCAAACUGUUCUCGACAUGGUGCUCAUCACCUACCGCUCAUGCCUCCUGUCGGCAACUGAAUCGCUAGAAUCUGGAAUCAGACCAGUUUUCAACGAGUUUCUCUUAGGGAGCUGGCCGUCAUUCACCUACUCGGACACCGAAGCGUACGAUGUCUUCGCGGGACUUAUUACACUGGACUUGAAUUGGGGUAUGAAAGUAGUGUUCGAAUUCGAAAAAGCCUUGUACGGCGAAGCCUUUUUGCACCACAGACUGUCCAUUCACGCGACUCCCUUUGCGUGCCCUUUUUCGCCAGAGUUGAACAAAAGCCUCGAAAGUACUUAUGAAGAGUAUGUCAGGGAAGUACUGGGGCUGUUUUCAUACAACGACGACGCGACAAUUCAAGAGCUAGUUGACAUUCAUCUCAACAUCUGUCGUGCCUCGAAAGCCAUGCAAGGCGUGCGAAAGUCGCACACUCUCCGAGAAAUCGCUGCCGUAACGAGAGAUAUGGGCUUGUCUGAGUACAUCUGGCGCAAGGCCCUCGAACCCAUGGGGAACAUGACUGCGUCGACGAUCCUCCACGUCAAGCUUUACUACAUUGGAGAAGCUCUCAGAAGUCUACUGAAGAACGUGCCCCCUGAAAGUGCGAUGAGAUUCUUCGGCUUCUCAAUACUCACACAGAUGGCAGCGCACCAAGAGCCGCUUAGAAAGGUAAUGGACAAGUACUUUUUCUUCAACCACCCUAUGCAGCCGAGUCCAGUUCACACUGAAAACUGUGUGUCGUUUAUCUUCACCCAUUUUGUAGAAGCAUGGAAUCUGUACGUUCUGUCAAUUUCGAGCACCAACAAAGUCCAGUCUAAGGACGUAAGCCAUAUCGUUGCCUCUAUAAAGAACUCCAUGGUACGCAGAAUACGCAGUUCUCAAUGGAUGGAUGAGCUGUCGAAGUCCAGAACACUGAAAAAAUUGAAAAGGACAACGGUCGUCCCACCAGUUCUUGGGCCGUAUCUAAGGACUUCCAAUAUUGCAGAAAGGUACGCCGAUAUGGAAGCGCUGUCACCAACGGACUACUACGGCAACCAGCUGAAGAUACGCGCCAACAAUGCGCAGUACAACAUACGGGGCGUGAAGCGAUCUGAAGGACGGGGCAAUGUUGUCUUGGCUGGUGGUGAUGCCAACUGGGUUAUGAACGUGGUCCACGUGUACGCUGGACUAUUGCGCCUGCCCUUUUACUCCGCUGAUGUGCCGAUUGCGAUCAAGUACGGUGGUUUGGGAAGUGUUACCGGGCGGCUGUUGUCACUCCUGUUCACGGGCAAGAAUGUGAAGAAAGACGUUCUUGGCUCUACUUCGAACUGGUGGACCGGAGGUGUGUACCAAGAGUACGAAAAGAGGGCAAUGUGUUUCGCUCAACAAGCCAAUCCGGACGCUGCUUUGGGCGAAGAGGCUGAUUUCCUGCCCGACUAUCUCGGAGCUCGCGUAGCACUGGACGCCCUCCUCAACGCCAUGGCUGACCGUAAGACUCGCCUCUUGAUACCAGGCAUCGCGUUGAGUGAUGAGCAGAUGUUCUUCAUUACGUUCUGCCACGUCCUGUGUGCCAGCGUCGAAGUCGAAGGAAAAGUAAUGCUACCCGAAAAAGCGCUUAAGCGCUGCAACGGGGCCGUCAUGAAUAUGCCAGAGUUUAGUAGAGCGUUUAAGUGUAAGCAAGGUGAAGUUGACAAAGACGCAAUUCUCAACCCUACUUAUAAAUGCUCUCUCUACUGA